AUGUGUAAAUUUGAACAGAAUCAUGUACUCCCUCCUCCAUCCAUGGCUCAUGUAGAGCCACAAUCUCCUACGAAACCCAAAUUUAUCAAACCAUUUGAACCAAAACAUGAUUUUCACUGGACACCAACAGAUGAACCUCACGCUACGCGUCGUAAACUCAUUUUGGCAAAAUAUCCGGAAGUGAAGAAACUUUUUGGUCAUUGCUGGAAAACCAAGUACAUUGUUGCAGUUAUUGUCGUCUUGCAGACGUUUCUAGCACUACGAGCUCAAUACAUGUCAUGGCCAAUGUAUAUUGGUAUCAUGUACCUUAUUGGUGGUACGGCCAAUCAUGCCAUGACAAUGGUCAUGCAUGAAAUGGCGCACAAUUUGGGCUUUAAAAAGCCGAUACACAAUAAAGUUCUUGGUAUUGUUGCCAAUCUGCCCAUUGGUAUUCCAUCUGCUAUCUCACUGAAGCGGUACCAUCUUGAGCAUCAUCGCUAUCAAGGAGAAGACGGUGUGGAUGUCGAUCUUCCAACGGAUUUUGAAGGAAAGCUCUUUUCGACCAAGUUUACCAAGUUUCUCUUUGUUAUCUUUCAGCUCUUUUUCUAUGCUGGUCGUCCGUUGUUUGUGAACCCCAAAGUCCCGGGCAUGGGAGAAGUUGUUAAUCUCGUUGCGUGUUUCAGCUACAACUACAUCAUUUACUUGUACGGUGGUCUCUCGGGGCUGCUUUACUUACUGAUUGGUACACUGCUCGGCUGCGGCAUUCAUCCCGUUGCAGGCCACUUUAUUGCUGAGCACUACGAGUUUGUACUUGGUUACGAGACGUACUCGUACUACGGCAUUCUGAACCGUCUUACAUUCAAUGUGGGGAUGCAUAAUGAGCACCACGACUUCCCGUUCAUCGCUGGUUCGCGGCUGCACAAGGUGCGAGCGCUCGCUCCUGAGUUUUAUGAGAAUCUGCCAAGCUAUGAUUCGUGGGUCAAGGUGAUGUAUAACUACGUCAUGGACGACAACAUCAGUGCUUACUCUCGUGUCAAGCGCCACAACCUGACCGACGAAGUCAAGGAGAAGAUGAAGAGCAUCUAG